UAGCCAAGACACUACCAAAUCCCUGCUUUUGGAAUGGGGGAUCUGCAGCAUUGCCUAGCCAGCGGGGAAUACGGGAAACUAAAGGACUGUCCCCUGUUUGAAAGUAAUUUUGUACAGGUCACAAGAUCAGGGGAGGUAGCCAACAGGGUCACCGUGGGUAUUGCUGCCAGCAGUCCCAGCUUGGAACUGCCUGAUCUUCUGUUGCUGGCACGGCCCAUCGAAUACCCAAAGGAGGAAUGCACGUGCGAGUGUCCUGAACCCGCAUUUAUCCCUAAAGAGGAGCUGCAGCUUAUUGCGCUUCUGCCUCUGAAGUUUGUCCGUAUCUACGUUCACAAUGAGAGCCGGUACCAGUUCAAAGUGAGCCUUGCCAAUGGCCGCAAGUUCUACCUGCAGCUUCUGGCCCAUCCUCAAAAACUGGACUAUCUCUUUGGGCAGUGGGUACGGCUGCUCUACCGCCUGCGUUUUUAUCGCACAGAUGCGCCCAUCAGCUAUCAGCAGGUAUAUCCAAACUACCGCCAUCGUCCUAUGUCCAGGAGUUCAUCAUAGGAGAAAACAUGAGUGGGCAGCCCAGGAAAGGAAGUGGAGGCUUGAGGGAAUUCAGGCCAUCCGUCCUGAAGAACUCAUGACAGACAAGGUUGCCCUCAUGGGCAGGCUAAUCCUUUUUGGACACUGUUCA